AGGCUAACGGGCCUGCUAGCCCGACCCGCCCAAUUUAUAGUCAACAAAACCAAAUAUUCCAAUUCCCACAAGGGAAAAGCAAUUUGCUGUUGUUCUUUUACCUCCUCUUCUCUUCAUCUUCUUCCUUUAGCUCGCUUGAAUUCCCUACGAUCAUACCCAUCGAUCAACUCCAUGGCGUUCGAGGACGAUCCUUACCGAGACGAGGACGGAGAGCCUUUGAUGGAUUACGACGAUAUGGCAUCGGACGGCGGUCAAUCCCCUGGAGUUCAUGACGACUUUAUCGACGACGACGGUUCCAGAACUCCAGUCUACGACGCGGACAAAUCUUCGAAGCCGAGGAAGAGGCUGGUGAAGAAGAGCGACGGCGGUAGGGACAGUUAUGCAGCUCCGCCGGAGCUGGUUGACGAGGACGAUGACGAUCAAGGGUACGAUGCGAGGGAAUAUUCAAGGGAUAGGGAGGGAUCGGCUGAAGGGAAGAAGAGGAGGAGAUUGGGAAAGGAGGGGAUCGGGAGCUCUGGGAAGGAUAGGAAAAGGCUGUUCUCCAAAGGGGAUAAGAAGUUUGGGAGUAGUUCUAAAUCUGGAGGAGGGAUGCCGAAGAGGGGAGCUUACCCUGGGAGGUUAGUUGCUGGGAAGGAUGAUGGUGAGGUCAAGGAAAUGUGGGACACCAUUGCUGGUGGCGAUUCCGAGGAUGAUAAAGAAGGCUUGAGAACUAUGGAUGAUGAUAACUUCAUUGAUGAUACUGGAGUAGACCCAGCUGAUCGGUAUGGAAGUGACAAUGAACAGCGCUCUCUCGGUGAUGUUCCUCAGGCAGAGGAGGGUGACGAGGAUGAUGAAGUAAACCAGCUUUUUAAGAUUGGCAAGAAACGGAAGAAGAAUGAGAGAAGCCCUGCAGAGAUUGCAUUGUUAGUGGAGAAUGUGAUGGCUGAGCUUGAAGUCACUGCGGAAGAAGAUGCCAGUCUAAAUGAGAGGGGAAAACCUGCUAUUAACAAACUCAAGAAGUUGCCUCUUCUUACUGAUGUUCUCUCAAAGAAGCAGCUUCAGCAAGAAUUCAUAGAUCAUGGAGUUCUGACCCUGCUGAAAACUUGGCUCGAACCCCUUCCUGAUGGAAGCUUGCCCAACAUAAACAUACGUGCGGCAGUUCUGAGAAUUCUAACUGAUCUUCCUAUUGAUCUGGAGCAGUAUGAUAGAAGGGAGCAAUUAAAGAAGAGUGGACUUGGAAAGGUUAUAAUGUUUUUAUCAAAAUCUGACGAGGAAACCACUUCCAACAGAAAACUGGCCAAGGAUCUGGUUGAUAAAUGGAGUCGACCAAUAUUCAAUAAGAGCACGAGGUUUGAGGACAUGAGAGGUGCUGAAGAUGAACGUGCUUACAGAAGGCCACCACCAAGAAGACCUGCGAGCAAUUCUGUUGGGAUGGAAUCUAGAGAUGGUGAUCUUGAUUUGGACAUGGCACGGGGAAGGAAGUCUGGCCAGCCAUCAUCAUCAUCAUCCAGGCAACAACAGCUCACUACCAGGCCAGAAGCAACAGCGUUGGAUUUCUUGGUCCGUCCACAGUCGAAGAUAGAUCCUGAAGAAAUUAGAGCACGUGCUAAACAAGCUGUACAAGAUCAGCGGAGAAUGAAGAUGAAUAAGAAGUUGCAGCAGCUGAAGGCACCAAAGAAGAAGAGUUUACAAGCUUCAAAGCUCAGUGUUGAAGGCCGUGGCAUGCUCAAGUACUUGUAAUUGUUGGUGGACCCUUCUCCUCUGCCAAGCCUGAUCAUUCUCCCUCCUGUCUCCCUCAUGUCUCUGAUCCUUGUGGCGGGGGACUCGACACUCACCACGUUCGAGUCAAGCUGCUUGUCCCUUCCUGGUUGGGAAUAUCGUGUGGGUCGUUGCUUGAGAGCUCGUACGCGUUGUUGCUGCAAUUGGGUGCAAGUUGUUGGUCAUUAUCGCCUCCCUUGUGUUAGAGCAUUACGAUCUAACCCUGUCUUAUGAUUCUGCAAAUCUUUCUGGAGGGAACUAAGUAUAGGGUAAAGGAAUCUGACUUGAAUAUCCUCCUUGGUGUAUUUAAGAGCAAUUGUCUUCCGGGGAUUUUACAUAGCUGGUGGAUGUGUAUUGUGGUAAUUCAAUCGUGUAUGCUACAAGCGGGUUCAAUGUAAUUUUAAUUGCUGAAACAGGAAUUAGAGGAACUCAAGACUGGAUUGUUCAUUGGUUGUUUAACCUAGUUGAGAUAAUCAUAUCAUAUCCUACAGUUUCUCUUGUGAUUUAUCAAAUUAACUUUGGUUUACCAAGUGUUACUUGUCAAACUUGUCAAGGCUUGAUCCUAUGAAGCCAUGAUAGUAAUAUAAUAAUAUUAUAAUAGGUGCUAAGAUAGUCUCAAGGGCCAUUCCGACAUCGUCAAGUGUCCCA